UUAGCUCAGUUCAUCAGCGACAUUUAAGAAUAUCGGAUCCGAAGUGCCGAAUUUGUUGAAGAGUUUCGAAAUAAAACACCGCAUAAUAAUAAUGCUCCAUAGGCUCUACUCGUAUUGGAAGACUUACGUGAGACUGUUGCUGAUAUUUGGGCUCGCUUCAGCGGAAGUCUGCAAUCAAAAUUCACAACAUCAGUGUGAAGAAGAUGGAAAGUGUAUCCCAAUCAUGGGUCGUUGCAAUGGGACACCAGAUUGUAAGUACGGGAGCGACGAAUCCUUUGCAGAGUGCAAGGCUCACCUGAAUGACUCGGUGGCAGACAUGUUCUACUGUGCCUCUGGCAUACUAAUGAUCGAUGAACAACUUUGCAACAAUGUAAGGGAUUGCCCUGAUGGAUCUGAUGAGCUGCCACAAUUAUGUGAAUACGAGCCUUUUGGACUAAAGUUUAGGGACUUGAACAUUCAGGGCAAAUGUCGAAGCUCAGAAAUCGAAUGCCUACCUGGGGAGUGCGUCCCUGAAAAUAAGAAAUGCGAUGGCAGAAUCGACUGCAGCAAUGGUCGGGAUGAGUCCCUGGAACUCUGCUUGGAUAGCUGCCGAGACUGUUUUAAGUGUGCCAAUGGCGUAGCAAUCAAUUCGGAACUCGUCUGCGAUAACAAAAUAGACUGCUUGGACGGAUCCGACGAGUUGCGCAAUGUCUGCCAAGGAAAUUCGGACAGCUGGACAGAGACCCUGCCAGCGAUCUGCAUAGAGCCGCCAGGCGGGAAGCACAGAUUUACCGACAAUACAAUGUUCUCUUUGAGAAAAGAAACACGCUUUGUUUAUCCCAAUCAACCUGCCGAGCUGCAAUGCCAGAGCAGCAAUCAAACAGCUUGGAAUGUGUGCAUGAAGGACGGGUCCUGGAACCGCGAACUUCCCUCGUGCACGACCAUGCCUAAAUAUGUAAACAGAAACCCCGACACGAAUGGCACAAACGGCUGUCAAAAGAGCUGGUACCGUAAGGCCUUCUCUUAUGUAUUAUCUUUUACCCCUUGGUCACAGGAGAACUCUAGUCCGCGCUGUACCAAGCUUUGCAGACCAGAGGACCUGACUAAAAUUGCUUCUUUGAUUCCCACAUGCUACAAUGGCAAGGAUGGAUCAAGCUUCAAUUGUAAUGACGAAAACUCUCUAAUUCCUGAUACCAGCGUGAAAUUCAGGUGCACCGAGGGCUUUAUGCGCCUGACCGAUAAGGAAUAUUAUGUAACUUGCAACGAAAAUGGCAUAUGGGAGGGCUUGCAGGAGCUGUCCUUGAAGCAGGAUAAACUGUGCACAUAUCAGUGCAUUAUCAAUCACGCCACCUCAAACAGCGCAAAUGGCGUUUCAAAAAAUUCACAUCAUGCUUCGUGGGUCGUAUGUGUUGUAAAUUUUAUUGCACUCAACAUUGUACUGACUGCAGGCCAAUUAAUCUAAUUAAUCUGGAACCAGGUGAAAUACGCGUUGGACCCACCGGCAACAGAUCCAAGAUAAUUACUGAAGAUUAUUAUGCGGUUAGACAAAUUUAAAAAAUUUAAAAAAAAACACUAAAACAUAAAAAAAUCCAU